AUGACUUUAAUUGUAGCAGCCGCUGUGCUGUUUUUAAUUACAACUUUUGUCUCGGCACAAGGUUCAUGGAAGGUAGUCGGAAACACAGGCGUCACCGCGAUGCACGCCGUUUUAAUAGCUCCCAAUCGAGUAUUGAUCAUUGAUAAAGCUGAAUCAAGUCCAAAUGCAACCUUGCCAGACGGUUCAACAGGAUGGUCAUGCGAAUAUCAUCUAGACACCAACACGUUUCGUGUUUUGCGAUUGACGACCAACACCUUUUGUUCAGCGGGAGCUUUUCUCGGGAACGGCACGUUCAUGAGCAACGGGGGCAGCGAUGCAGUUUUACAGAACGGCAUAAAUGCUCAAACCGGGUUUACCGGAAUCAGGCUUUUUCAACCUUGUCAGGAUGAUACUUGUACAUGGACAGAGUUACCGCAACCAUUAAGUAGCUUCAGGUGGUACAACGCUAUGCUUACUCUUCCAGACGGAAGAACCCUUGAUAUUGGAGGAUCAAAGGUACCAACAGGAGCAAAUAGUGCAGCAAAGAAUAAUCCAACAUACGAGAUCUAUUCUAAUAGCGGAACGAGUAGUGCAUUCCCGAUUCAGUUCUUGGUUGACACGCUUCCAUACAACCUCUACCCUUGUGUGACUGUCAUCCCUGACGGUUACUAUCAAGGCUAUCUCUUCAUCUUUGCAAACACAAAGUCAGUCGUAUAUGAUAUCAAUCAAAACCAAGUCAUCAAAGCUCUUCCCGAUAUUCCCGGGGUUCCGCGGUCUUAUCCUCUAACCGGAUCCUGCGCUUUGCUUCCAUUGACUUAUGAAAACAACUACAAUCCCGAAAUGAUCAUCUGUGGAGGACAAGCCGUGCAGUCGUCUACCAGUCCGGCAGAUAAUACGUGCGGAAGAUUAAAUCUGGGUGAACAGGAACCGGCUUGGGACAUGGACGAUUUUGGUGGUCAAGGAAGAAUAAUGGGUGAUUCGGUUGCGUUACCGGAUGGAACGAUGGUAUUUGUUAAUGGAGCCGCCACUGGAAUAGCAGGAUAUUUCGAGGGAGCUCGCUAUCUUCAAUCCGAUCCAGUACUAUUUCCAGUAGCCUAUAAUAUGAACGCGCCUAAAGGUCAACGCUGGACGCGUUACGCAGCAACUGACAUUCCAAGAAUGUAUCAUUCAGUGGCAAUGUUGAUUCCUGAUGGGACGAUCUGGGUUGCUGGAAGUAAUCCUAAUCCCGAACCUCGUCCUGCAAACGUUCAAUUUAUUACAGAAUACCGUGCAGAAGUGUUCACGCCACCGUAUAUAGAUCCGUCAAAGCCACGAAUGACCAUUACCUCUUUCAACAGUUCAACUAUUAACACUGCGCCCAUAAACGUUAAAUACGGUGCCGGAUAUCAGGUUACGUUUACUGUUGCCGGUGGUGCUCAACCUGGUGCUGUUACCGCAACGUUGAUCCACACUGGGUUCAAGACUCACUCGCAAGCAAUGUCGAUGAGAUGUGUCAAAUUAUUUGUGGAUAAAGUGACUGCUAACACUGACGGAAGCUACACAACAAACGUAUGGAUGCCACCGAACGCGUUUGUGGUUCCUCCCGGACCGCAGUACGUGUUCCUUUUGAGCGAUGGUCAGCCGGCGACGUCAGCGGUUCAUGUAUUGAUUGGGUAA